UUCUGGGGCAAGGUUGCAGCAUCUGCAUCGGAAGUCCCUGGGCCAGCUUCCUGCCAGCUCAGCUGUGUGGCCAAGCUGUUUGCAUCUGAGUUCAGAGACAGACACACAGCCCUCUGAGGUCGUCUGCGCAGUCCUCAUGAAGCCGGAGACGAGGAGGGCCGUGUGCCAUGUGGUGCUGGCCAGCUGCCUGUGUGCAGCCGCCGUGUACAUGGAGGCUUUUGAAGGUGUUCUGGUGCAGGUGGGCUAUGAGCACUAUGCAGAAGCCCCAGUCACCUGCCUCCCCGCCUUCCUGUGCAUGCCCUUCAACUCCCUUAUCAACCUGGCCUACGUGGCCCUGGGCCUGUACUGGUUGCGGCUGGGGGCCAGCAGCCCGCAGGAUCAGUACCUGAAGGACACCUUUGCCACCAUGGCCCUGGUCUAUGGCCCUGUGCAGUGGCUGCGGGUCGGAACUCAGGCGCGGCCCGCUGCCUUGCUGGAUCAGUGGUUCACGUUACCCAUCUUCGCGUGGCCAGUAGCCUGGUGCCUGACCCUGCAUGGUGGCUGGCAGCCCAGGCUGUUGCUGUGCGUUGAGGGCCUCUCCCUGUUCAGUUACAGCCUCGCCCUGCUGCACCCCCAGGGCUUUGAAGUGGCCCUGGGGGUGCACGUGGCAGCCACAGUGGGCCAGGCACUGCGCAUGCAGUGGCUCUGUGGCAGUGUGGCCACGGCCACCUACUUGGCUCUGGGCAUGCUCUCUUGCCUGGGCUUUGUGGUCCUCAAGCUCUGGGACCUUCCGCUAGCGCGCUGGCGUCUCUUCCAACACCUCACUGGUCACUUCUGGUCCAAAGUGUGUGACGUGCUGCAGUUCCACUUUGCAUUUUUGUUUCUGACCACCCUGAGCCACGGCCUGAGCCCCCACCCUGAGGGAAAGGCGCGCCGCCAUGUGCAGGCGGUCACUGAAGCCUGUGUGCUGCCAACUGCCUGGGUCCCAGCAGACCACGCAGCACACCGUCCUUCCCCUGUGCGGGCCCGACUGAGGUACUGAGCCACCCACCUCAGCGCAAGCCCUGUACGUGCACAUGCUCUUCUUGUAACUCAAAAAUAAACCUGUGAGCCUAAGAACCCAUCACACUUUGGCCAGAUCUUUGAGGGGGUGGCCACAGCUGGGCAGGC